AUGUUCAUUGGAGCUGUGCUGUCGACGGACAGCCAGCGCAGUGCGAGACAGCGUUGUCGGCGUGGAGGAUCUCGGCUGACCUCGGCGGACGGUGCCGUCAAUACUUCGAAGUUUUUUUUGAGUUUUCGAAAGGGAAGUUUCAACAUCACUACGGAUUGUGAGCGAUCUUUGCUGUCCUUACCGUCUGCGCGAGAAACAAUGAGACCUACGAGGCCACCACCGAAUAAAAUGCCUGGAGCUGUCUCGAAAUAUAUCGUUGAAUACUACGUGCGGAAUUCGGAUGUGCUUCUCACCAAUACCAGUUUGCGAACAAUGGAAGCGAACACGCUGAGAGCACUAGCGAUAAAAAAGCUCAUCGCCGAGUUGCAGGAGCAGUUCGGAUAUUCUACAACGGAAAGGAAAAUAAGAAAUCAUUUCGAUCAUGUUCGAUCGAAAUGUCUGAGCAAAGGCGGUGGAUUGGGCCUCCCGAGCGCUGAAAGAAAUAGAUUCGUCCAUAGAGAUGCAGAACGUAACUCGUUCGGAGAGCUAAGAAAAAGGGUGUUUCUAAAUUCUGGAGAGCAGGCUUUGUUGAGAUAUUAUAAAAGCCAGGAGGCUGAUAAUGCCAGAGAACAGGGAACCUCACAGCACAACCAAAUGUUCAUGAGAGAAAGAGAAAGCUUCAAUAGAAUGCACACGCGAGAAGAUGAUCAUCAGCACUCCGCGUCUGAAGAGGUUGAGGUCAAAGAAGAAUCUCGGCCUGCUGACUUGUCCGAUGACUGUGUAAUUGAGGAAUUAACGGGUUUUGAUGAAGAAGAAUCCAAUGACAAUGGUCGCAUAGAUGUAGACAGUCCAACUUGCCCGUUCUCACAUGCUUGUGAAUCUAGUUCUGAAGCUAUGAAUGAGUUACGACUGCUGUGCAUGGCGUUGCGCAAACCUUCUUAUAAGCCAAGGACGACUGGCGACGUUGAUUCACAGCAUGUCAUUUCGUUAUUCUUCUAUAAUUCUACUGCUGCUACUUUUCUCGCUCGCCACUAUGAUAGAAUCAUGUUCGAGAAGGCGAUGGUGCUACGAUGCUCCUGUAUGCUAUUCUAUGCCGAUGGUCUGUCUUAUGCCCCACUGGAGACACAGAUGUCCUAG